AUGAUUUUAUUAGUGGCAUUGGCACUGUUGCUGCUGCCACACACCAUCAGUGAUCGUCUUCCAAUUCUUCACAAAUAUUAUCAACCAGGAGACUUCAUUGUUGGUGGAAUUGUGUCACAUUCACUUAUCCUUUCAGAGCUGACUUCCUUCAAGCACCAUCCCAGUGAGGCAGUGAUUGAAGAGUCUGUUGUACUGACUAAGAACUACCAGCAUGUCCUGGCCUUGGCAUUUGCCGUAAAGCAAAUCAACAAAAACAGCCACCUCCUACCCAAUGUCACGUUGGGCUUCCAUAUCUACGACACCACUUUCAGUACAAGGCAGACCUAUCAUGCCACCUUAAAACUUCUGAGCACAAGCAGAAGGCUUAUCCCCAACUACAAAUGUGACACCUGGAACAAUCUGGUUGCAGUCAUUGGGGGACUUGAAUCUGAAACGUCUCUGCAUAUUGCUACUAUCAUACGGAUCUAUAAUAUUCCACAGGUGACCUACGGCUCUGCUCCAGAUAUGAGUGAUGAAUCCACAAGGCUUUCCUUCUACCAGAUGGUCCCAAAUGAAAACUUUCAUGCUGGGGACAAAAUUUCCUUUGAUCACAAUGGGGCCCUGGAAGCAGGAUUUGACAUUGUCAACUGGAUCACAUUCCCAAAUCAAUCCUUCCUCAGAGUGAAAGUUGGAAAAGUGAAUCUCCAGACUCCUGUAAAAUUAUUCACUAUUAAUGAGUCUACUAUUACAUGGCACAUUGGAUUUAACCAGACACUGCCUAUUUCUGUGUGUACAGACAGUUGCAUUCCUGGUUAUCACAAAAAAAGGAAGGAAGGGGCGCCAUUUUGCUGCCAUGAUUGCAUCCCGUGUCCAGAAGGGAAGAUUUCCAACCAGAAAGCAGACAUGAAUGACUGUUUCUGGUGCUCAGAAGAUCAUCACCCAAAUGAAGAUCAGGAUUUUUGCACUCCCAAAGUUGUAAGCUUCCUGGGUUUUGAAGAGCCCUUGGGGAUCAGCUUAGUCACCGGUGCUCUUUCAUGUUCUUUGAUCACAGCUCUUGUGCUCGUGGCAUUCAUGAAGAAUCACGACACUCCUAUUGUCAAAGCUAACAACAGGAAUCUUACCUACCUGCUCCUUCUCUCCCUCCUGCUCUGCCCUCUCUGUGUAUUGCUCUUCAUUGGCAGACCUUGGACACUGGGGUGUCUAUUCCGACAAACUGCCUUUGGCAUCAUCUUCUCCAUGGCUGUUUCUUCUGUAUUGGCAAAAUCUAUCACUGUUGUUCUGGCUUUCAUUGCCACCAAGCCUGGUUCUACAAUGAGGAAAUGGGUGGGGAAAAGACUGGCGAACACCAUUGUUCUCUCCUGCUCCCUUGUUCAAGCAGGUAUUUGUGCUAUAUGGCUGGCAACCUCUCCCCCAUUCCCAGAUGUUGACAUGCAUUCAGUGACUGAGGAAAUUUUACUAGAAUGCAAUGAAGGGUCUGUGACUAUGUUUUACUGUGUCUUGGGGUACUUGGGCUUCCUGGCCAUUGUUAGCUUCACGGUAGCUUUCUUUGCCAGGAAGUUGCCUGACAGUUUCAACGAAGCCAAGUUUAUCACAUUUAGUAUGUUGAUAUUUUGCAGUGUCUGGUUAUCUUUUGUCCCAACCUACCUGAGCACCAAGGGGAAAUACAUGGUGGCUGUGGAAAUUUUUUCCAUCAUAUCAUCCAGUUUUGGCUUGCUGGGUUGUAUCUUUUUCCCGAAAUGCUACAUUAUUCUGCUGAGGCCUGAGCUGAACAAUAGGGAGCAACUCCUCAGGAAAAAAACCUGA